CAUCGGCACCCCAGCGAGCCGUCCGUCUCUUGCUCCUGCACUCCUCCUUCCGCUUGAUCGCUGCCCCGACGAGCUCCGAGCCGCAUCGCCGACAGACCCCACUUUUCAUCUGUGCUGGAUCAACGCACCCGCCAUGUUCUCCGACAAUAUGGACAUCAACCUGGACGACACCGCCUCGGUCCAAGGCGGCCAAGCCGGUCCGGGCGGCCCAGGCGGCCAGAACCCUGCCUCGUCCUCGGUCAUGGGUCGGGCUCGUGCCGUCAAUCCCAUGGUCCUCGACUUCCUCAGGGACGACAUCCAGAAGGUCAAGGACACAACCGCCGAAGAGGUCCAGAAUGCUUUUGAGCAGUUUCUGGAAAGAUACGAGCAAUUCGUCGAUGACGAGCCGCAAGCCUUCUACAUCAACCAGAUCAAGCAGUUCGAAAACCACUCCAUUACCACAAUCUAUGUCGACUGGGUCCACGUGCUCGACACCAACGAGACCCUCGCCGGCCUGAUCCAGGAGCAAUACCACAGAUUCGAGCCCUAUCUGAAAAAGGCUGUCCAAAACCUCGUCAAGAAGCACAUUCCAAACUACCUCGAGAACAAAACUGGCGGCUUGAAUGUCGUCAAGGAAUUCUGGGUCAGCUGGUACAACACCCGGUCGCUCUGCAACCUCCGCGCCCUGCGGACAGACUCGCUGGGCUGCCUGAAGACCAUCACUGGCACCGUCACUCGCACGUCCGAGGUCCGGCCCGAGCUUCUGUACGGCACCUUCAAGUGUGCCGACUGCAACUCGGUCAUCAAGGACGUUGAACAGCAGUUCAAAUAUACACAGCCCAGCACCUGCAACAACCCCAUCUGCCAGAAUCGCACAAACUUCACUUUGAUCGUCGAGCAGUCCAAGUUUACCGACUGGCAGAAGGUUCGGCUGCAGGAGAACGCCAACGAAGUCCCCAGUGGCGCCAUGCCCCGGAGUCUGGACGUUAUCCUCCGCAACGAUAUUGUUGACCGAGCCAAGGCUGGCGACAAGGUUCACAUCAUCGGCAUGCCUAUCGUUAUUCCCGACGUUGCCCAGUUUUCAGGCACCCGAACUCACUCGGUGCGCGAUGAGCAGGGUGGAAAGCCUCGAGACGGAUAUGCCGCUGAUGGUGUUUCCGGUCUGAAGGCCCUGGGUGUCCGCGAUCUGUCAUACAAGAUGGCCUUCCUUGCCUCUUUUGUCCAGCCCGCCGAGGCCAAGGACGCCCUCAGUGCCCUGCAUGACAUGCUGCCCGAAGACACCGAGACUGGUGCACUCAUUCACCAGUUUUCGAGAGAGGAGCUGGACGAGAUCGACACAAUGCACCAGGACAGACAACUCUAUGGCAAGCUGGCGCGCAGCAUUGCUCCCCAUGUCUUUGGCCACGAGGACAUCAAGAAGGGCAUGCUCCUCCAGCUGCUCGGCGGUGUGCACAAGGUCACUCCCGAGGGGAUCCAUCUGAGAGGAGACAUCAACAUUUGCGUCGUCGGCGAUCCCAGUACCGCCAAGAGUCAGUUCCUCAAAUACGUCUCGAGUCUGAUGCCCCGAGCUGUCUAUACAUCCGGCAAGGCCUCAUCUGCCGCGGGCCUGACAGCCAGUGUCAUCAAGGACGAAGAGACGGGCGAGUUUACCAUCGAAGCCGGUGCGCUCAUGCUUGCGGACAAUGGUAUCUGCUGUAUCGACGAAUUCGACAAAAUGGACAUCUCGGACCAAGUCGCCAUCCACGAAGCUAUGGAGCAGCAGACCAUCAGUAUCGCCAAGGCUGGUAUCCAAGCGACGCUCAACGCCAGAACAUCGAUCCUGGCCGCCGCCAAUCCUGUUCACGGCCGAUACGACAAGACUCUGUCUCUGAAGCAAAACAUCCAGCUGUCGGCACCUAUCAUGUCGCGCUUCGAUCUCUUCUUUGUCGUCUUGGACGAGUGUGAAGAGACCACCGACUUCAACAUCGCCCGGCACAUUGUCACAUUCCAUCGCUCGGAAGAAGUUCAGAUCGAGGCGCCGUACACGCAAGAGCAGCUGCUGCUGUUCCUCAAAUAUGCCCGUGGACUCAAGCCCCAGAUGACCCCCGAGGCCCUGGAGCUGCUCGUUGCGCAGUAUCGUGCUCUGAGACAGGGCGACGCCUCAGGCUUCAACCGGUCCUCCUAUCGAAUCACGGUCCGCCAGCUCGAGAGCAUGAUUCGCCUGUCAGAGGCCCUUGCCAAGCUGUUCUACGAGGGCGGCUAUGACGAGGAGGUACAGGAAGAGGACGACGAUCAGGAUGACGGACAAGACCCCACUCUGCCGCGCAUGAAGAGGACAAAGGUCAUUUACCGCAUGAAGCCCGUGCUGGUCAAGAAGGAGCAUGUUCAGGAGGCCGCCAAUCUGCUGAAAAAGUCGAUUGUCUACAUUGACCGGGGAUCGGUCGAGCUCGAGGAUGAAGAGAUGGCGUCGUCACAGUCCGGCAUCCUGCGGGCGGAAGAUGUGGGCAGCAGCGACAUGGAUGUCGACCAGGCCGGUGCUGGAGAACUGCCCUCCACGGCCGAGGAGCUCAAGAACAAAAAGGUCAAGAUCAGCGCCGAGGAGUACCAGCGCAUUGUCAACGCAGUCAUCUUCAAGAUCCAGCAGAGCACCGCAGAGGACGACAAGAUUGCGGGCCUGCGCCGAUCCGAGAUUGUGCUUUGGUUCCUGGAGACGAUGGAGGAGGAGAUUGGCGACGAGGAUGCGUUCAGGUACCAGGGCAAAAUCAUCAAGAGCGUGAUCAGCCGCAUGCAGAACGUCGACAACAUCCUGAUUGCACUCCAGGAGGAGCAGGAGUCGCUCGGGACGCAGGACGCCGACGGUGCCAGCGGCGGUGCCAUGUCCUCGGACGACCCGAUAUUGAUCGUCCACCCCAACUACGUUGUCGACUUUUGAGCGCACAUUGUUUCGUGGCGGAUCUGCUCGCCGCAUAGGCAGCGCCUUUCAGCAAUACAACCCCCCCCCAUUGAUAUCGCGCAA